GAGUGGACUGCAGUGGCAUGGCAGGCGAUGGGCCCCCGAAGCUCAGUCGCCAUGCGCAGCGGCGCCGCGAGCAGGCUAAGGACUGGUGCUGCAAGUACUGCAUCCACCCGAUCUCGCAGAACCAGUGGUGGAAUCGGUCCGACACGGUGUCGUGCACCAAGUGCGGGUCGGCCAAGGCCGUGGCAUUCAUGUGUGUUCGCCCGCCGCCUGGACCGUCCACCAAGCGUGCCAAGCCGCCAGCUGCGAACUCAGGCAGCGGCUCUGCUGCGGUGCCGCCGUGGGUUAACGACAAGCUGGAGGCCCUGGCAAAGGAGUUGGCCAGCACCAAGGCCAAGCUGGCUGAGACCACCAGCAAGCAGCACGCGCCGUCCAUGGAGGUCGACGAGGGCGCAGAGCACUGUGAGGGCCAGGGUGACUCCUUGGACCAGAAGAGGGCGCGCCUUGAGGAGGUCGACGCUGCGCUGCGGGCCAUCGCCGGCUCCAGCGAGGUCCUGUUCGAGACGGCUCGGGUCGAGCUGGAGGACACUCGCAAGAAGCUCAGCGCGGAGCUGGCAGCUGCGAAGCCCGUCCCAGCGCAGCUGCGCACCCUGUCCUUCAAGCUGGGCAAGCUCGAGCAGAAGCGCGCCAAGCAGGAGGAGGCCCUGCAGGCAGCCAAGGACAAGGUCGUGCAGGCCAACAAGGAGGCGGAUGAGGCCACGCAGCAGCUCGCCGAGUCCGACGCGGCGAUCUUGGAGCUCCAGCAGGAGCAGACGCGGCUCGCCGCCACGCUCCCUCGUCCACCAGCUGGAGGCGUCUCGCCAAAGGCUGACAUCGUCGAGGGGCUCGGCGUCACCAUCGAGAAGCUGGGCGCGAUGUUGGCGGAGCUCGGCGACAGCGGGGUGCUCGCGGAGAAGCUUGGCACGGUGCUGGGCGAGGUCCGUGAGUACGAGCAGCGUAAGGUCGAGGCCGCAGCGCAGGAGGCCAAGGCUGCGGCCGAGGCAAGGGCGACCCAGGCCAAGGCUGAGCCUGUGCCCAGCCAGGGCGCCAAGGGGUCGGAGGCAGGCCCAGACCUCCCAGACCCCGACACGGCGACCGAGGAGGAGCUGCGCGAGUUCCUCUCCAGCUCGGGCGUGGACCCGUCCCAGGAGUGCGAGGAGCUCCGCGGCCAGGUGCGCAAGAUCACCGACGCGCUGGGCGGCUGGCGCGAGGUCAAGAGGGCCAAGGCCAGCGCUGCCCGCAGCAUGCGGAGGGCCCAGCUGCUGGAGCGCGUUGGAGCGCGCGAGCAGGCCUUGACUAAGGCGAGAGCGCGCCAGCGCCGAGGCAAGGCCUCCAGCAAG